AUGCCAUCACCAGUACGAGCUCCUGCUGACCCAGCUGCCGCUGUUGCGCCUCAACCGAUGAUAUCUCUACCUAACUUUGCUUCAUUUGAUCCUCAUACUGACCCUACCGCUAUUGGCCCCAGAUGGAAAAGGUGGUUGGCUAGAUUUGAGAGACUCUUUGUUGGAAUAGGUUUAACUGAUCCCACAAGGAAGAGAGCAUUGCUACUACAUUACGCAGGACCUGAUGUAGAUGAGAUAUUCGACACGUUGACAGAGACAGGCGAUGAUGAUGACUAUAAUACUGCUAAGGCUAAGUUAACUGCGCAUUUUCUACCCAAGAAGAACGUAGCAUUCGAGGUAUACAACUUCAGACAGUGUACUCAAGCAAAGGAUGAAAUGCUUGAUGCCUACCAUACUCGCUUGAGAAAACUUGCCGAGACAUGUGAUUUCGCGAAUGUAGACCGCGAGAUUUGCGCUCAAAUCAUAACCGGCACUAAUUCACAUCAACUUCGCAGAAAAGCGUUGCGUGAAGACAUGAAUUUAACUAAAAUUCUAGAUACUGGCCGCGCAUUUGAAUUGAGUGAGCACCAAGCAACCAAGCUUGAAGAAUCGCAACAUCAAACCGUUAACAAGAUUAGAGCCAAUGACAAGAGCCAAGGCAAAGGGAGCCAAAGACAGAGCAGACCUAAGCAGAAGACACGUCGUUUCCAGUCACAAUCGAAGCCGGACCAGGACAGACGUCGCGAUGGUCGAGAUACCAGACCCCAGCAGCAACACAACGACCAGAACUGUGGUAAGUGUGGAGGGAGACCCCACAAAGUCAGUAGUAAUUGUCCCGCCAAUGGUCAGGAGUGCCAUCGUUGCAAGAAGAUAGGACACUUCGGGAGGAUGUGCCGUUCAAAGACCAACAGCGCUAACACCCUGAUGACAGAGGCUGACGAAGAUUCUGACUACUGUUACUUUACCCAAGCUGCCAAGUCCAACAACCCAACGCUGUGUACGAUAACAAUCGGAAAGAAACCAAAAAUGGCCAGAGUCCCCAUGAUGAUAGAUUCGGGAGCAUCCGUCAACCUAGUCGACUCCAAGACGUUCAACGUUAUUCGCCGAGCCCAACCUGGUAUAGACCCGUUGCUUCCAGCUGACACACAGGUAUUCCCCUAUGGUAGCAAGACGCCCAUACUGCUGAAAGGAAUGUUCCGAGCCACAGCACGUCACAAGUCCGAAACCAAAUGGUCGAAGUUCUACGUGACUGAAGGAGGAGGGAAUUUACUUGGUUUCAAGACCGCGUCGGAUUUAGGAAUCUUGAAGAUCGUACAUGAGGUUAAAUCGAAAACGAGGCCCAAUCCGUCCAGCUCCAAGACCCUUCCUGACUCGCUGAAGAAGUAUGAAGAACUCUUCUCCGGUGUAGGCAAGAUCAAACGUGAACCUGUGACACUUCACAUUGAUAAGGACGUCAAGCCGAAGCAGCAACCUCACCGUCGCAUACCUUUCCAUAUCCGCAAAGAUGUAGAGAAAGAGCUACAGCGUCUAGAGGAACUUGACAUUAUAGAGAAAGUCGAUGGUCCGACACCGUGGAUAAGUCCCAUAGUUACAGUCCCCAAGAAAUCAGGAGCAAUUCGCAUUUGUGUUGACAUGCGCGAGGCAAAUAAAGCGAUAAAACGUGAAAGACAUCUUAUGCCGACUCUUGAUGAUCUAGUAACGGAUUUGAACGGAUCCACUGUGUUCAGUACCCUAGAUUUGAGUAGCGCGUAUCAUCAACUAGAACUUGCAAAGGAAUCACGUUUUAUCACCACGUUCACCACCCAUCUUGGUCUUAGACGCUACAAACGUCUUUUCUUUGGGAUAAACGCCGCGUCGGAAAUCUUUCAGAACGCAAUCGCCGAAAUUCUGAGUGACAUACCGAACUGUCGAAAUAUCUCUGACGAUAUCAUUAUCCAUGGCAAAGAUAAAGCUGAACACGACAAGAGUUUGAUAGCCGUGAUGGAGAGACUGAAAGAAUACGGAAUUCGUCUCAACAUGCCCAAGUGUCACUUCUAUCAGUCAGAAGUGAAGUUCUACGACGGUCAUAUCUUCAAUAGCGCUGGUGUUACCGCAGAUGUGAAGAAGAUCGAAGCCAUAAGAGAUGCGCCUGCCUCGACGGACAAGAGUGGAAUACGUUCGUUACUCGGAAUGGCCCAAUACCUCUCGCGCUUCAUUCCAUGGUAUGCUAGCAUAACAGCGCCCCUUAGAGAGCUAACGCAUGAUAAGACAGAAUGGCAGUGGAACGCGGAACAUGAAAAAGUGCUAACAGACUUGAAGACUGCGCUCACCGGAGCAAAGGUCAUGUCGUACUAUGACCCGCGUAAGAAAACUGAACUCAUCGUUGACGCAGGGCCCCGCGGAUUAGGCUCGAUUCUGCUGCAAGAAGGUCGCGUUGUUUCGUACGCUAGUCGCGCGCUCACCGACAUUGAGACGAGAUACUCGCAGACAGAAAGAGAAAUGCUCGCAGUGGUCUGGGCAACAGAACACUUCCGCCUAUACUUAUACGGUUCGACUUCCCCUUUCACCUUGGUCACAGAUCAUAAACCGUUGAUCGGAAUAUUCCAAAGCCAGAAGCCGAUGUCGUUACGGAUUGAACGAUGGAGAUUACGUCUAACGCCGUAUAACUACAAGUUGGAAUAUCGACCUGGAAGGAACGAAGCCAACCCAGCCGACUUCUGCAGUCGCCAUCCUGUAGUAGGCAAUGAGCAGAACAGAGCAAACUUUGUCGAUGAUUACGUCAACUAUGUUAUUGACAAUGCGGUUCCAAAAGCCAUGCAACUCGAAGAAGUAAAAUCAGAAACCUUACGAGACCAUACCCUGCAGAAGCUUAAAGUAGCUAUCGAAACUGGCUACUGGAGACGAGAUGAAGAGUGCCUGAAGCCAUUCAAACGUUUUCAAGAUGAGCUGAUCGUUCAUAAUGGUAUCGCCCUCCGAGGGAGAAGACUGGUAAUGCCUGACGCACUGCAGAGAAGAGCCAUUGACCUUGCUCACGUUGGUCAUCAGGGCAUCGUCAAAACGAAGAUGUUGCUGAGAGAAAAAGUAUGGUUUCCGUCCAUCGACGCCAUGGUUGAAGAAUGUGUAAAGGACUGUCUGCCUUGCCAAGCUACGUCCGGAAGAGCCAGCAAACCAGAGCCGCUACGCAUGACAAAGCUGCCGAAUGGUCCCUGGGAAGAAGUCUCUGUGGAUUUUUACGGUCCUUUGCCAGUCCCAAGCGCUGACUACCUACUCCUGAUGAUGGAUGACUACAGUCGUUACCCCGAGGUUGAAGUUAUAGCUUCUACCGCCGCAAAGACAGUCAUACCAAAGAUAGACGCCAUUAUGUCACGCCACGGAGUUGUGUCGAUUUUGAAAUCCGACAACGGACCUCCGUUCACGAGCCAUGAUUUCAAACGUUUCGCUGAAUACCUCGGUUUUCAACACCGCAGAGUGACUCCGUUAAAUCCCCAAGCUAACGGUGAAGCAGAACGUUUCAUGAGAAACAUCACGAAGACUGUGCAAGCCGCACACAUCGAAGGCCGCAAUUGGAAGCAGGAACUACAGAAGUUUCUACGCCAGUAUCGUGCGACACCACAUUCAACAACAGGUGUCUCGCCAUUCGAAGCCCUCUAUGGUCGUAGGAUGAAAACCCAGCUUCCAUGUGCCGAUUUCAACCCAGAGUUGAAAACUCGUUCUCAAUCGUCAAUGAGAGACACUGACAAUGAACGCAAGCAGAAGAUCAAAAUGUAUGCAGAUCGCAGAUGCAACGCUACUGAAAGCAACAUUGCCGAAGGAGACACCGUUGUAGUUCGUCAGCAGAAACAUAACAAGCUAACGCCGCCAUUCGAUCCAGAUCCAUUAAAGAUAACGCGUCGAGAUGGUAAUAUGCUGACAGCCGAGCGAGAUGAUCGAAAGAUAACUCGCAACCUAACGUUUUUCAAACGGGUGCCUGAAAGCCUGUUUGAAAACAUUCAGGAAGAGGAAGUUGAGAUUCCUGACUCAGAUGCUCCGCCCACUAUAGCACCUGAGACACCUUCUGGUAUUUCUGAGCCUGAGACCUCCAACCAGAAACUGCCUGUGAUGACUGAGACUACCUCACAACCACUCCGGAGAUCAACUCGAACGAAGAGGCCUAACCCAAGAUUCAAAGACUUUGUUCUUCGUUAA